AUCAUUUUCAUGUUCAGUGCUAUUCUGUCGAACCGGUAUGCCCUACGGGUAUCCAAGGUCUUAAAGAAAUAUGCAGCCUUCAUUGGCCCUGGCUUGGUGGUUAGUGUUAGCUACAUGGAUCCGGGCAAUUACCUGACUUCAGUCUCGUCUGGUGCUCUGUAUCAGUACAAAUUGUGCUUUCUGAUAUUCAUGUCCAACAUUUUUGCCGUGAUUUUGCAAUCAUUGUGUGUUAAGCUUGGUACUAUCACAGGGUUAGACUUGGCAGAAAUGUGCAGGUUACAUUUGCCUUAUCAAUUGAACCUCACCCUAUAUGCCUGCGCCGAAUUGGCAAUUAUUGCAACUGAUUUGGCCGAGGUGGUGGGAACUGCCAUCGCCUUGGAAAUCUUGUUUGGAAUUCCAUUAGCUUACGGUGUUUUGAUCACUAUUCUUGACGUUUUGAUCAUCCUUUUCGCGUACCAUAAAGAUGGCAGUUUAAAACAAACCAAGGUUUUCGAAUUCUUGGUGUCAAUUUUAGUCUUCUGUACGUGCAUCUGCUUUGUUUUAGAAUUGUUCAAGUGUGAUUUCCCACCAGGUUCGUUCUUGGCUAUUAUUGAGGGUUUCCUCCCAAUCAACAAAGAAAUUUUCAAAGAGCUGAAUGCAUUGUUCUUAUCUUGCGGGAUCGUUGGUAGUACGGUUAUGCCACACUCACUUUUCUUGGGAUCCGCCUUGGUUCAACCAAGAUUGAAGGAUUAUGAUGUCAAAAUUGGUAAUAUUCAAGAACCAGUUGAAGAUGAAGCUACGGAAGAGGAAGUUGACCAAGAUAAUAACUUGACGGCAACUUUGCACAAAUUUCAAAGCAUUUCUGAUGGCUCAAAUUUGAGGACGAAAUAUAGGCCCUCUUAUCAGGCUAUCAAAUAUUGUCUUAAUUAUUCAUAUAUUGAGCUCAUUUUGUCCCUUUUUAUUGUGGCCGUCUUCGUUAAUUCAGCAAUUUUGAUCGUUGCAGGCUCCACACUCUUUGGCAAACCAGAUGCUGAAGAAGCGGACUUAUUGUCUAUCUAUGAAAUGUUAUCCUACUACAUUUCUCCAGCUGCCGGCUUGGUGUUUGCAUUGUCCAUGUUGUUUUCGGGUCAGAGUGCUGGUAUUGUAUGUACCAUGGCUGGUCAAAUUAUUAGUGAAGGCUUUAUAAAUUGGACUAUCAAACCUUGGAUUCGCAGAAUUGUCACCAGAACUUUGGCCAUAAUUCCAGUUUUAAUUGUUAUAAUGGUAUUAGGGAGAGAAGGAGUAUCAAAGAUUAUGAAUUCUUCCCAGGUGGUGUUGAGUUUCAUUUUACCGAUCGUCAGUGCGCCAUUGAUUUGGUUUACUAGUAGAAAGGAGUAUAUGACUGUCUAUGACACUACCACAAACACCAAUGAAGAGUCAAGCUUGUUGUUGCAUAGUGAACUGUCCGAAGACGGUACGCAAGAAGUAAGAGUUAGAAAGUUCACUUUUGAGAAUGGUGUUUUCCUCAGAAACGCCAGUAUUGCUACAUGGCUGUUGAUCACCUUUUUGAACUUCUACUUGAUAUAUGCAUUCGCAAAUGGUGCUGAUAUCUGAUUAUAGUUUUAUUAAAAAUACACGAUAGAUUACAAAAGCCAUGAAAUGACGGAAUAUUUCUAGAACCUGUUUUUCUUCUUGUAAGGACCUCUUAUACUUGGCAAUCUUCUGUUGACGUUGGAAGGCAUCAUGGGUUGAAUUUUGCUUU